UCUACAUAAAAUUUAUAAUAAAAUAAAAAUUCUUCCUCCUCUUCCUGUCUUACGGUCUCGCUACACCCAGACAGGAGGUCUCCGUAUUGUAUGAUGAAAACCUCUCUUUCUACGCACAAUUUAUACUAAAUUAACACUUUCUCUUGAUCUCAGUAUCUGAGUGAGUGUUUGACGACUCAUUUAAUCUUCGGUCUUACUCUCGGGCUGAAAAUCUGUGAAAAUGCCGCUCAGAUUAGAAAUUAAGAGAAAACAUGCUCAACGAUCAGAAAGAGUAAAAUCCGUGGAUCUACAUCCAACAGAGCCAUGGAUAUUGGCAAGUAUGUAUUCAGGGACUGUUUGGAUUUGGAACUAUCAGAGCCAGAUAUUCUUUCACAUACGAGACGUAGUGUUUGUUGUCAAUUAAUGUCAAAGGCAACUCAGCACCAGCAACAAGUUUCACCAUUCCGGUUUGAGCUUUCUCCUCCGAAUACACCCGUGUGGAUAGGGGUGCAGUAGAACCACCGGCGUCUGGAUUGCCAAAUUGCAUUUGUGUUUGACAGCCUGAAAUAAGUCCGUGUUUGGCCGCACAUACUUUGUAAUGACGGUUGAGAUGGGUGGAAUGUUUAAUUCAAUCUCUUCUUCCUGAUCGUGUUUCUCUUUGGGAAGGUCAACAUCAUCCAAAUUAAUUAGAUAAUUUGGGUUGCCGUUUACAUGAUGAUGAAGAUCCAAAUCUGGAAUAUUUUCAGACAAUGGUUAAAUCUUUUGAGGUCACUGAAUUACCAGUUAGAUCUGCAAAGUUUAUAGCACGUAAGCAGUGGGUUGUUGCUGGUGCCGAUGACAUGUUCAUUCGUGUGUACAAUUACAACACUAUGGAUAAGGUCAAAGUGUUUGAGGCCCAUACAGAUUAUAUUAGGAGUGUGGCUGUUCACCCUAAUCUUCCAUAUGUGUUGUCAUCAUCUGAUGACAUGCUGAUAAAGCUCUGGGACUGGGAUAAGGGGUGGGCAUGCACUCAAAUAUUUGAGGGGCAUUCACAUUAUGUGAUGCAAGUGACAUUUAAUCCAAAGGACACCAACACAUUUGCCAGCGCAUCCCUUGACCGUACAAUUAAGAUUUGGAAUCUUGGCUCCCCUGACCCAAACUUUACUCUAGAUGCCCAUCUGAAAGGGGUAAAUUGUGUAGAUUAUUUCACAGGUGGGGAUAAACCUUAUCUAAUCACUGGUUCUGAUGAUCACACUGCUAAGGUUUGGGAUUAUCAGAUGAAAAGUUGUGUCCAGACGCUAGAAGGUCACUCACACAAUGUAUCUGCUGCAUGUUUCCAUCCUGAACUUCCCAUUAUAAUUACAGGUUCUGAGGAUGGUACAGUUCGUAUUUGGCAUGCCACCACCUAUAGACUUGAGAAUACCUUGAAUUAUGGACUUGAAAGAGUUUGGGCUAUUGGCUACAUAAAAGGCUCAAGGCGGGUUGUAAUUGGCUAUGAUGAAGGAACCAUCAUGGUCAAGCUUGGUCGAGAGGUACCUGUUGCCAGUAUGGACAACAGUGGCAAAAUCAUAUGGGCUAAGCACAAUGAGAUUCAGACUGUUAACAUUAAGAGUGUGGGGGCAGAUUAUGAGGUUGCUGAUGGAGAAAGGUUGCCUUUGGCGGUUAAGGAAUUGGGAACCUGUGAUCUUUACCCACAAAGCUUAAAGCAUAACCCUAAUGGUAGGUUUGUUGUUGUGUAUGGAGAUGGUGAAUACAUUAUAUACACAGCAUUGGCAUGGAGAAAUAGGUCAUUUGGAUCAGCAUUAGAAUUUGUUUGGUCAACGGAUGGAGAAUAUGCUGUGAGGGAAAGUACAUCAAAGAUUAAGCUCUUUAGUAAAAAUUUCCUGGAGAAAAAAUCCAUCCGGCCGACAUUUUCUGCUGAGCACAUAUAUGGGGGGACUUUAUUGGCAAUGUGCUCUAAUGAUUUUGUUUGUUUCUAUGACUGGGCGGAGUGCAGGUUGAUUCGACGAAUUGAUGUUACUGUCAAGAAUCUUUACUGGGCUGACAGUGGUGAUUUGGUGGCCAUUGCUAGCGAUGCAUCAUUCUACAUACUCAAGUAUAAUCGAGAUGUAGUUUCUGCACAUCUGGAUAGUGGGAGAUCAACAGAUGAACAAGGUGUUGAAGAUGCCUUUGAGCUUCUUUAUGAAAUUAAUGAACGAGCAAGGACUGGAAUUUGGGUGGGGGAUUGUUUCAUUUACAGUAGCUCUUCGUGUAGACUCAAUUACUGCGUGGGAGGAGAGGUGACAACAAUGUUUCAUUUAGAUCGGCCUAUGUAUCUUUUAGGAUACCUUGCUAACCAGAGCCGAGUUUUUCUCAUUGACAAGGAAUUCAAUGUUAUAGGAUAUACUUUGCUGCUCAGUUUGAUUGAGUAUAAAACUCUUGUAAUGCGUGGUGAUCUGGAAAGGGCAAAUCUGGUUUUACCGUCAAUUCCGAAGGAGCAUCACAAUAGUGUGGCUCGUUUCUUGGAAUCACGAGGAAUGAUGGAAGAUGCACUAGAAGUUGCUACGGAUCCUGACUACAGAUUUGAGUUAGCCAUACAACUGGGUAAACUAGAUAUUGCACAGGAAAUUGCCAUGUUAGCACAGGGCGAGUCUAAAUGGAAGCAAUUGGGUGAAUUAGCUAUGUCCACCGGAAAGUUAGAGAUGGCAGAGGAAUGUUUGAAGCAAGCAAAUGACUUGAGUGGUUUGUUGCUACUCUAUUCUUCUUUAGGAGAUGCUGAAGGAAUAACUCAACUUGCCUCUCUUGCCAAAGAGCAUGGGAAAAACAAUGUUGCAUUCCUCUGUUUAUUUAUGUUGGGCAAAUUGGAGGACUGCCUUCAACUGUUGGUUGAGAGCAAUCGGAUACCUGAAGCUGCAUUAAUGGCUCGCUCCUAUCUUCCCAGUAAGGCGUCAGAAAUUGUUGCUCUUUGGAGAAAGGACCUCAAUAAGAUAAAUCCAAAAGCUGCAGAGUCCCUGGCCGAUCCUGAAGAAUAUCCAAAUUUGUUCGAGGAUUGGCAAAUUGCGCUUGCUGUUGAAUCCAGAGUCGCUGAGACGAGGGGUAAUUAUCCCCCGGCAGCUGAAUAUGUUCAACAUUCAGAUAGAUCAGUUGCAAGCCUUGUGGAGUCUUUCAGAAACAUGCAAGUGAAUGAAGAAGGACCACUGGUAAAUGGAGGUUUGGAUCACGAGUUUCUCCAGGUUCCAGAACAGAAUGAAGAUGAGGUACAAGAGGAAUGCAAAGAUGAGAUCCAAGUAGUGGAACAUGAUGAUGGCCACGAAGAGGCAGUUGUUGUGGAUGCUGACUCUACAGAUGGUGCCGUACUCAUGAACAGUAAGGAGGUUGAGGAAGAGGAAUGGGGUACGAAUGAUGAAGGAAAUCCGUCAGACUAAAAGCAAUUGGUCUGGCCGGUGUGAAAUUCCCAAUUUUGUUGCUGGUAGCUACCAUUUUGACCCAUCUGUUGUAGUUCAGAAAUGAUAUUAUUUCAUUAUUAUCCAUCGUAUUCUAUUCGUUUGUACCUAGAGUGCAUUUUCUCAUAUAAUCUACCUAGAAUUUUAGAAUGUAGUUGUCAUGGGUGUACUUGGAAUUAACAAAUUGUUCCACAAGUUUGCUGCCUGAUUUGGUGGCAUCAAAACUUGUUAUUUACAAAGAAAAUAUAUUUAAGGUGUAAUUAUCACUUUGAAGUCUAUUUUGGAUUCACAUGAGAAGGAAUUAUUA